AGGCUGCUCACUACUCUAGCGGGUUUUUGAAUGGAGCUGAUCAAACUGGAUUCUUAAACCUGAUAUCAUUCCAUUCUUUCGGAUCUAUCACGACCUCAAAUGGUUAGUAUGUCAAGUCUUUUUGGCGAGAUAUGUCAGUUAUUUUGUUGUCCCCCCCGACCUUCUCAUAUCGUGGCGAAAUUGGCAUUUCUACCGCCACCACCAACUUAUUCUAUCAUAUCAUCAGCGAAUGAUUCCACAUGUUGCAUUGAGUUCAAACCUGAAGCUGGUUGGCAAAUAUCCGAGGACAUAAAAUCCAAGUUAACGGUUUUCUAUACUUUGACAAAGCGUCAAUCUCGAAUUGUUUGUAUGCAUAUCCCAGCGAAUUCUGUUGUCUCACCUUCUCAGUUCUCGUCAAAUAUAUCCUCUCGUCGUGGCCUUUCUGGUCAAUCAAGAAUGAGAAGUCCUGCACUUAGUGUUAGUUGUCCAACUCUUACAGACGAAGGUCGGUUCGGAUCAGUUCAACCUAACUCAUCACAUCAACCAACUUAUACGGUGUUAUUCAGUCAUGGAAACGCAGUUGAUAUUGGUCAGAUGGCUGGAUUUCUUCAGUCACUAGCAUAUCGUUUCAGUGUAAAUAUCUUAUGCUAUGAUUAUUCAGGUUAUGGGGGAAGCUCUGGUCAACGGUUAGAAGAGAAUUUAUAUGCUGAUGCUGAUGCAGUAUUGAAUGAAUUACGUGAACGAUUUAAUGUGCCACUUAAUCGUAUUGUAUUAUAUGGACAGAGUAUUGGUACUGCUCCAACAGUUGAAUUAGCGACUAAAUAUAAAGUUGCUGGUGUAGUUCUUCAUUCACCAUUUAUGUCUGGUCUGCGCGUCGUCUGUCCUGGAACAACUAGACGUUUCUGUUUUGAUCCAUUCACGAACAUUGAUAAAGUAUCUCGGAUUCUUUCACCAACAUUAAUUAUACAUGGAACUGAUGAUGAGAUCAUUGGCAUAGAUCAUGGAAGAGAAUUGUAUUCUCGUCUUACUAAUCCUCUUGAACCAGCUUGGAUUGAAGGAGCAGGUCAUAAUGAUAUUGAAUUAUUUUCUGAAUAUGCAUCUCGUUUAGAUCGAUUUUUUAAUGAAGAUAUCAUUGAUACAGAGUAUAGUGGAAGUCCUUCAAAUAUAAUCUCUUCUGUAGAAGAAUCUCUUCAUGUUGAAGAAACUCCAGAUCUUAGUCAGCAGAUAUCAGGUCAUACGAAGUCUUUCAGUGCGUUGAAGAAAAAUGGUAUUUCAAGUUCUCAAUCAUCAAAUUGUGGUAAUAUUUCUGAGGUUCCUGAUGGUGCUGCCAUGGAUACGGCGACAUCGAGUAUGUCUACGGACUCUACUUCAAGUGCAACAACUGUACAAAAACUUGAGUCCAUCACUGGUGAUGUCGCUGUAGGCAUUUAUAGUGACAAUGAGAAGAUAAACACAAACGGUGCAGUGUGUAAUAAUACAGUCCCAUAUUCAACUAACUCGUCAGAUACUUUGAACAGUAAUCCAAAUGGAAUGCCAUCUGAUUCUAGCACUACUCAAUUACUGAGUUAGAAGUUAAUUACUUGUGGUUACUGUUCUGUGAGUAUUCUGAUUUUGGAAAAACAUUUAUCUUCUAUUCAUGCAAUCAGGAUGGAUAUUAAUGGAACAUGCAGUUAUCAAUAAUCUUUUGCAUUACACAUAGUAAUGAAAAUAAUAAUAAUAAUAAUGUAUUUCUAUCCCAAUGUUACAUUUCCACAAUUGUUUUCGUAAUUUCUAAUGGUUAUUACACCUAUUUGCUUGUUUUUAUUAUUAUUAUUGUUGUUGUUGUUGCAUUUCAACGUUUGUCUGCUGCCAAUCUAAUUGUAAAUGAAAUCAAAUAGUUGAUAUUUCGUAUUAUUUUUUUUCUCAAAAAUAUUUGUUUAAAUGUGUUACUGUUUACUGUUUUCCAUUCCUCUCAAUGAUACUUUGUUCUUGUUGUCAAGUUGUCUUUUGUGUGUGUGUGUGCGUGUGUGUUCUGUUUAUGCAUUUCUAUGAUCUGGAAAUUAAGGACACAGAGUAGUAGUAUUGUUAUGUUUGGUAAUCCUGAUUGUUUGUUUUAAAUGUUGGCUUUAUCUGUUUGUUUGUUUUUUUUGUUGUUAAAUUUACUCAUUUUGUUUUUUGUUAUCUCCAUAAUUAAUUUAUUAUAAAUGUAAACUAAUGUUUACGUGUCAAAUUAUGCUCAAUAUGUUCAUCAUUGUCCAAUUCACUGCAUAUUUAUAUAAUGAUGAAUAAACUAAUGCGUUUAUGUGUAUUGAUGUAAUUGAUGAAUUUUAUAUGUGUAUCAUUGUUUCAUUAAACCUUAAUGACUUACACUUUUUUUUAUAAAUUGUAUUCUUGAUAGACUUUGAAUAGAAUGAAUUUUGAUGGAUUCUAUUGUCCGUUUGAUUAUUUCAUUGGUUUGUUUGUUUGUACUUUUUUCUUUAUUGUAUGCUUCUUUUCAUCUUCUCUUCAUAUCGUCAUUUAUGUUCCAUAGUUAUGUCUAUAUGCGCUGUUGGUGUUAAUUUUUGACUGAUCUUUUUUGUUUUACGUGAUGAAUAUAUGUACCAGUUUAGUUGUACUUGUUACUUAAUAUUCUAUCAUAAAUUGUAUUGUUAGUUUUAUUCUCUUUACUCUCUUGUAUAUUUAACAAGUAUACAUGUGUAGUAAUUUAUUUUAUUCUAAAUGUUUAUAAUUGAGUUUGUUCUUCUCUGUUUUUAUGUAAAUGAGUAAAGGAAGCAAUGGAGGAUCAUUACUGUUGUCAGGUUUUUAUUCUUUUUUUUUAAAAAAAAAAUAUCCAUUUCAUCAACUAAACAAAGUUCGAAUUUUAGUUAUCUAAAGGAGGUUUGUUUAGUAUUAAAUAGACUAACUUAAGAGGUUUUUAUAGCAAUAUCCAUCUCACCAUUCGUACAUUUCUUAUUAUUAUUUUAACACAUAAAUAUUGGUACAAGAGGGCACCAA